AUGAGACUGUUCCAGCUUUCGAGGACACUUGGAUCGAGUGUCUUGGUGACCUUGGGCGUUACAGGAUGGCCAUCGAAGAUGACGAUAUUCGGGACAGAGAAAACUGGACUGCUGAGUCGUCACUGGUACUCCAAGGCCUCUGACAAGGCUCCGACUACUGGGCGACUGUAUCACCACUUGGCCAUUUCCCUUUGCGUCGCAAUUCCCUUCGGUUCUGCUCGCGAGAGUAUCAUAACUAUGUUCGACCCAAUCAUGGUUCCGACCCCCAAUCAGCAAUCCAGGCUCUCGGUCGCCGAGUUCGCCUUUGUCAAGGUUCAUGCCGUCAUGUUCAGUAGCAAGCAGAUGGACAAGCUGCAGUCAACCAUGGAUGAUUUCCUUCGACCCCCGAGACAAAAUAUACGGCUUACUGGGCAUGGUUGA